AUGGGGACCCUCGCGCCAACUCCGGACUGGGACCCUUGCAGCGGCCCCGUACAGAGAGGCGACCUGGCGGCUCCGGACCAGAGGGUCAUGACUGCGGCUGGAGGGGACCACGUCCACCCUUUGGGCGGCUCCGACAGGAGGGCAACCCUGGCGCUUCGGACAGGCAGGCAGACCCUGCGGCUCUCGGACAGAGCAGGACUUCUUGGCGCCCGAGCAGGAGCAACUCUGGCAGUCUCCGACAGAAGGCAGACCUCUGCAGCUAUCCGGGACAGGAGAGCAGAGCUGCUGUGCAAAACCCCCCCCAACUGUAGCUCUCAUGUCAGGAGGGCGGUUGUCACCUGCUUCUCAGCUGGCUGCUGUGGGCGCCAUGGCAACCGGCCCGUCCGCUACUGCAAGCGUUGCCAUGUCAACCACCACAGCAGCGAGACGGGGGCUGCGGCGGAGACCCAUCUCUACCAAACCUCUCCCCCUCCCAUCAACACCCGCGAGUGUGGGGCAGAGGAGUUGGUGUGCACUGUGGAGGCUGUUAUCAGCCUACUGAAGGAGGCAGAGAUCCAUGCGGAGCUGCGUGAGUUUGAGCUGAACAGGCGUCGUCAGAUGGGCCUGUCUGCCUCCCACCACUCCCUUGACAACAUCGACUUCGACAACAAAGAGGACGACCAGCACGACCAGAGGCUCCUCAGUCAGUUUGGCAUCUGGUUCCUGGUGAGCCUGUGCACCCCCAGUGAGAACACGCCCACAGAGAGCCUGGCGCGGCUGGUGAGCAUGGUGUUCCAGUGGUUCCACUCCACAGCCUACAUGAUGGACGACGAGGUGGGCUCCCUGGUGGAGAAGCUCAAGCCCCAGUUUGUCACCAAGUGGCUGAAGACCGUGUGUGACGUGCGCUUCGACGUCAUGGUGAUGUGCCUGCUGCCCAAGCCUGUGGAGUUUGCCAGAGUGGGGGGUUACUGGGAUAAGUCUUGCAACACGGUGACCCAGCUGAAAGAGGGGCUGAACAGGAUCCUGAGCCUGAUCCCAUACAACGUGAUCAGCCAGCCGCUGUGGGAGUGCUUCAUGCCAGAGUGGCUGGAGGCCAUCCGCACUGAGGUGCCUGACCAGCAGCUCAAGGAGUUCAGAGAGGUGCUCAGCAAGAUGUUUGACAUUGAGCUGUGCCCUCUGCCCUUCUCCAUGGAGGAGAUGUUUGGGUUCAUUAGCUGCAGGUUCUCAGGCUACCCAGCAUCUGUGCAGGAGCAGGCUCUGCUCUGGCUGCAUGUGUUGUCAGAGCUGGACAUUGUGGUGCCACUGCAGCUGUUGGUCGGGAUGUUCUCUGAUGGGGUGAACUCUGUGAAGGAACUGGCCAAUCAGAGGAAGGCUCACAUAUCAAAUCUAACUGGGGAAAAUACUGAGGCUCGGAGGGAAAGUGUGGUUUCAGAUCCAGGCCGUCUUGGGCAGCACAACACCCUGAGCCCGUUCCCCAGUCCGUUCCGGAGCCCAUUCCGGAGCCCCCUGCACUGCAGUCCCUUUAAGAACCUAGGCCAUGCUACAGGACACUGUGCCCUGGACCUGGACUGUGACGAUGAUGAUAUGAACCUGAGCUGCUUCAUCCUCAUGUUUGACCUCAUCCUCAAACAGAUGGAGCUCCAGGAUGACGGUGUGAUGCUGGUUCUGGAAAGCAGCCUGGGGAAAGACAUCGUGGGCAUCAUCAACAAUGUCUUCCAGGCCCCGUGGGGUGGCUCCCACACCUGUCAGAAGGAUGAGAAGGCCCUGGAGUGUAGCCUGUGCCAGUCUAGCAUCUUAUGCUACCAGCUGGGCUGUGAGCUCCUGGAGAGACUCACCCCCAGGGAGGAGAUACAUCUGGUGGAGCCAACAGAUGGCAUGGAGGACACAUUGCUGUUGCCUCAAGUGUUUGGACCUGAAAAAGGGACAAAGGGAGGGACAGAGGAAGGGGACCACCCUACCAGCACACACACUGACAACCCUACCAAUCAAAGUGACUCUCCUGACAACCCAUCAAUGAAGAAUAAUCCUGACAAGAAGUUUUCCUACCAGCAGCUCCCUGUAUCUCUCAAGCUAAUAUACACCAUUCUGCAGGAAAUGUCCAAGUUUGAGGAGCCUAAUAUCCUGUUCAACAUGCUGAACUGUCUGAAGAUCCUGUGUCUCCACGGAGAGUGUCUGUACCUGGCCCGUAAGGACCACCCCCAGUUCCUGGCCUACAUCCAGGAAAAGAUGCUUAUUCCCAGACUGUGGACCAUGCUGAAGUCCGAGUUCUGCCAGCUGGCCUCCCUGGCCGUGCCCCAGCUCCUGCAUGCCCUCUCCCUCUCCCAUGGAGCAGACAUCUUCUGGAACCUGGUGGACAGCAAUUUCAACAGCAAGGACUGGAAGAUACGCUUUGAAGCAGUGGAGAAGGUAGCAGUGCUCUGUCGGUUCCUAGACAUUGGUUCUGUGACGAAAAACCACCUGCUGAAGUACUCCCUGGCCCACGCCUUCUGCUGCUUCCUGGCCUCUGUGGAGGAUGUCAACCCGGCUGUGGCCACACGCGCCAGGCUGCUGCUGGACACCAUCAAGAGCCCAGCACUACAGGGCUUGUGUCUGUGCCUGGACUUCCAGUUCGACACAGUGGUGAGGGACCGGCCCAUCAUCCUCAGCAAGCUGCUGAUGCUGCACCACCUGAAGCAGGAGGUCCCUGCCCUCAGCUGGGAGUUCUUUGUCAACCGCUUCGAGACGCUCUCCCUGGAGGCCCAGCUCCACCUGGACUGCAACAAGGAGUUCCCUUUUCCCACCACCAUCACAGCUGUGCGCACCAACGUGGCCAACCUUAGUGAUGCAGCGAUGUGGAAAAUCAGACGGGCGCGCUUUGCCAGGAAUCGCCAGAAGAGUGUGCGUUCCCUCCGUGACAGCGUCAAGGGCCCGUCCGAGUCCAAGAGGGCCUUCUCCCUCCCAGAGACUCUGUGUAACCGUCUACCUCUAAGACUUACGAGGCAAGAGCACUCUGCCCCGACUCUGGGAGAUAUGAUAGAGAAAGUCCUGCCAGGCCACAGCCCCUCACCGGAGGACGAUUCGGUCAUCAGGGACCUUCUCCCAGAGGAUGCUGGGAUAGAUCACCAGACGGUGCACCAGCUCAUCAUGGUGCUGAUGAAGUUCAUGGCCAAAGACAAGAGCAGUGCCGAGGCAGACAUUGGCAGUGCCAAGGCCUUCAACACGGUGAAGCGCCACCUGUAUCUACUGCUGGGCUUCGACCAGCAGGAGGGUUGCUUCAUGAUCGCACCGCAAAAGAUGAGGACCUCAACCUCCUUCAAUGCUUUCAUCGCUGGCAUCGCACAGGUGAUGGACUACAACAUUGGGCUGGGGAAGCAGCUGCUCCCCCUGGUGGUCCAGGUGUUGAAGUACUGCACAUGCCCCCAGCUCAGACACUACUUCCAGCAGCCCCCACGCUGCUCUCUCUGGGCCCUGCAGCCACACAUCAGACAGAUGUGGCUCAAAGCCCUGCUGGUCAUCCUCUACAAGUACCCCUACAGGGACAUGGAUGUGAGUAAAGUGGUUCUGCACCUUAUCCACAUCACCAUCAACACCCUGAAUGCCCAGUACCACAGCUGUAGACCCCAUGCCACCGCCGGACCCCUCUACAGUGACAACUCCAACAUCAGCCGCUACAGCGAGAAAGAGAAAGAGGAGGACAGUGUAUUUGAUGAGUCUGAUGUCCAUGACACCCCAACUGGAGCAGGCAACAAGGAGUCCCAGACCUUCUUCGCCCGUCUGAAGAGGAUCGGUGGCAGCAAGUCUGUCAAGUACCAGCCAGUGGAGCUGAAUGCCCAGAAAAGUGAAAUUGAGCUGUCUGAGUACCGUGAGGCCAGUGCGCUACAGGACAGCAUCCUGCACUGUGUGAGGGAGGAAAGCACCAGGAAGAAGCGUCUGCAGGCCAUGCACAAGCAGAAGUCCUUGGACAUUGCCAACACCGACUCCAUCCUCUACAACCUGGACGAGCACCGACGCAAGUCCUGCAUAGACCGCUGUGACCUGCAGCAUGGUCUCCCCGCACCCCCCUCCUCCACCACCUCCCACCCCAGGCAGAAGGGGGGCCAUGGUAAGGGCUCGUCAGACGGUUCCUCAGGCCGUGCGGAGGGCAGCGACCACCAGGACCGUCGAGGAUCCCGUGGGGGCCACUCAGACUGCUCCAGGCCUGUCAUCCCAGAGGUGCGUCUCAGCUGCAUCGAGAUGUUUGAGGACAAGGCCGACCUGGACUCCCCUCUUACAGGAGGCUCAUCAGCAGAGAAGGAGGACCCGGACCUCAUUGACCUCUCCUCUGACUGUACUUCCAUCCCAGAGAAACACUCCAUCCUCUCCAUGUCCGACAGCGACUCCCUGGUGUUUGAGCCCCUGCCGCCACUGAGGAUCGUGGAGAGUGACGAGGAAUUUGACCUCAACACAGUGAUGGGCAACAGGCUGAAUGGGAGUGCCAGGCCCCCAGCCUCCCCUGCCAGGCCCGCAGCCUCCCCUGCCAGGCCCGCAGCCUCCCCUGCGAGGCCCGCUGCCUCCCCUGCCAGCAGUAGCACCCUGCACCUGUCUCGGGUGGUGCAAGUGAGCGUGGAGGACUGCUCUAUGGACAAGAAGACCACAGACUCCCCAGCAAAAGAAAUCCCUCAACAGCCUUUACAGAGGAGGCCACGCUAUGCAACCUCCACCACCUCUCUGGAGCUGCCUGACCAGCCGGAGCACCCUGGCCUGGAGAGCCCCAUGACCCUCAGUUUACAACAGAAGAGGGACCUGCUGAGGAAGACCCCUGCUGUCCCUGACACCUCCCUGGAUGACUUUGUGCACCCUGAGGACCUGAAGGCAGCGGUGGGUCUAGGGACCAGUCCCUCUGGUAGGACCGUCUUCCUGGACAUUCCUGAAGACACAGCCGAGCCCCUCACCUCUCUGGAGGGGAACAAUGAUGAAGAGGAAGAUUAUGAAGAUGAUGACCUUGAUGACAGCGACCUGAAACCUGAUGAUGAUGAUGACAAUGACGAGGCAGAGUUUAAGAUCCAGAUAGUUCCCCGGCAACGCAAGCAGAGGAAGAUAGCUGUGAGCGCUAUCCAGAGAGAGUAUCUGGACAUCUCCUUCAACACCCUGGACAAGCUGGGUGAGCAGCCCACUGAGACAGCUCAGUACCGUCAGGCGAAGCGGGGCUCGUUGGGAGCUCUAACCAUUAGCCAGCUGAUGAAGAGACAGUUGGAGCACCAGUCCAGCGCCCCUCACAACAUCAGCACCUGGGAGACAGGCCCCACCAAGACCAGCCUCCUAUCUGCCCCCAGUACAGUCAGCAUGUUUGUGCCUGCCCCUGAGGAGUUCAUUGAUGAUCAGCCCACCACCAUGACUGACAGGUGUCGUGACUGUGGUGCGGUGCUAGAGGAGUAUGAUGAGGAGACCCUGGGCCUGGCAGUGGUGGUGCUCUCCAUGUUCAUCCACCUCAGCCCUGACCAGGCUGCUCCACUGCUGCUGGACAUCAUGCAGUCUGUGGGCAGGCUGGCGUCUAGUGCUAAUUUCUCUGGGCAAGCUGAGAGUAUGCUGAUCCCUGGCAACGCAGCAGGUGUGGCUAAGCAGUUCCUCCGCUGUGUGUUCCACCAGCUGGCCCCCAAUGGCAUCCUGCCUCAGCUCUUCCAGAGUAACAUCAAAGAUGGAGGUUUUCUGAGAACAUUGGCUUCUUCCCUGAUUGAUUUUAAUGAACUGAGUUCUGUGGCUGCGCUGAACCAGCUGCUGGAGGGUCUGAACAACAAGAGGAGUCUACCAGCCGGGGGCACCAUGCUGCACUGCCUGGAAAACAUCGCCACCUUCAUGGAGGCCCUGCCCAUGGACUCCCCCAGCAACCUGUGGACCACCAUCUGCAAUCAGUUCCAGACCUUCCUCACUAAACUACCUUCUGUGCUGCCUCUGAAGUGUCCCCUGGACUCCAGUUUGAGGAUUAUCAUUUGUCUGUUGAAGAUCCCCACCACAAGUGCAACCCGGAGCUUACUGGAGCCCUUCUCCAAACUGCUGAGCUUUGUCAUGCAGUAUGGAGUGUUCAGCCUCUCUUACUUGGUGGAGCUGUGUGGCCUCUGUUACAAAGCCUUCAACAAGGAGAGAGAUAAGUUCUAUAUGUCUCGUAUUGUGGUGCUGGAGCUUCUGCAGGCUCUGAAGUUCAAGUCUCCUCUACCCGAUACUAACCUGCUACUGCUGGUCCAGUUUGUUUGUUCAGAUAUUGGUACGAGGCUAGCAGAGUCUACUAUUCUCUCAAAGCACAUGAUCUCAUCACUUCCAGGGUGCACGACAGCAGCAAUGGAAUGCAUGAGGCAAUACAUCAGUGAGCUUCUAGACUUCAUAGCAGAUAUGCACACACUGACCAAACUGAAAAACCAUAUGAAAGCGUGUUGUCAGCCGCUGCACGAGGACACGUUUGGAGGAAACCUGAAAGUGGGCCUGGCACAGGUGGCUGCCAUGGAAAUCAGCAAAGGCAAUCACCGUGACAAUAAGGCAGUGAUCCGUUAUCUUCCCUGGCUCUACCAUCCCCCGUCCACCAUGCAGCAGGGACCUAAGGAGUUCAUCGAGUGUGUGUCCCACAUCCGCCAGCUGUCCUGGCUGCUCCUGGGCUCCCUGACCCACUAUGCCCUGUACCAGGGCUCCACCUCCUGUAUGCCCAUCCCCCUGGACGCUGGCUCACACAUCGCUGACCACCUCAUCAUCAUCCUCAUCGGCUUCCCUGAGCAAUCCAAGACGUCAGUGCUGCACAUGUGCUCCCUGUUCCAUGCCUUCAUGUUUGCCCAGCUGUGGACCAUCUACUGUGAGCAGGCGGCGGCCGCCUCGGCCCUGCAAAACCAGAAUCAGACAGAGUUCUCUUCCAAUGCCAUACUGACGGGCCUGGAGUUCUGGAGCCGCGUCACACCCAGCAUCUUGCAGCUCAUGGCCCAUAACAAAGUGAUGGUGGAGAUGGUGUGUCUACAUGUCAUUAGCCUGAUGGAGGCUCUACAAGAAUGCAACUCAACCAUCUUCGUGAAGUUAAUACCUAUGUGGUUGCCCAUGAUUCAAUCCAACCUAAAGCAUCUGUCUGCAGGGCUCCAGCUGCGACUGCAGGCUAUCCAGAACAGGGUGAACCACCAGUGUCUGCAGGGCCAGGCAGCCGGGGCCCUGCCCUUUGCCCUGCGCAAGUGGCUGCAGUGCACCCAGUUCAAGAUGGCCCAGGUGGAGAUCCAGUCAUCAGAGGCCGCCUCACAGUUCUACCCUAUGUGACCUGCCCACCUCUCACGAGAUCCACCAAGACCCAGGCCACCUCAGGACCAGCGUGCAUCUGCCUAAUGCCUGCCUGCCUGCCUGACCAUAAACAUCAGGAAGUUGACUCCUGCAUAAACUGACUCUCACCAUCUUAAGACUCUGCUUCUGACGUAAUCCUCUUCAGCACCGUCUAAACUUUGUAUAUCUAUACUAGUCUUUUGUGCAAUGAGAGGGAUAGGUGAGUACAGGUCGGGCAGGUGUGCAGAUGCAGGGGGAUAACAGUACAGUAAAUAACAGUUUAGGUGCCCCACAUUCUGUGAGCAGCAUCAGAGGUCAAACUAGAUGGAGAGAAUAUCUAGCAGCACUGCAGAUGACUGGAGUGGAUGGAUGGAGAAUGCGGUAUGCUGAAGCUCAAACUUGUUUACUUGGUGAUACUCAUGUUCUAUAUUGUUAUUUUCAGUUGCUUGGUUGCAAGCCUGACAAAAUAAUUAAAUCAAGCCACAUGUUCUAAAUAUACA